AAAACUACGUCAAAUCACGCAGAUUUUACUAGUACCUCGACGGCAAGUUCGAGGAAAUUCCCAGCUCGUCGACACGAGAGCGACAGAAUCAGUCUGCAACUAAGAAAUUUCAAAUCACCGACUUCUUUCCUACAAAAUUCUUUAAAAAAUUCGAACUUAUCUCCAGCUGGUCUUCAACGGCUGGACGGCGACGGUCACCGCAGCUUCCUAUCCAUUUCUGAUUCUUAAUUUACGCUUCCCGAUUUCGCAAGGCGUCGGUGAUGAAAUCUAUAACACCUCCUCUCCAUUUCUCUUCGAUCCAUGCUCUACUCGCUCAUAACUCGGGAAAUUUAUACCAGAAGUAAAAUGGAGGAAUUUCAGGAUUUUCUUCCAGUUAUGGCGGAGAAAUUGGGGGCACCCGAUUUUAUGGAGGAACUGUGUAAAGGGUUUCGUCUACUGGCGGAUCCACAACGGGGUUUGAUCACCGUCGAAAGUCUGAGGAAAAAUUCAGCUAUUUUAGGGGUUGAAUCUUUGACAGAUUCAGAAAUAGAAGCGAUGGUGCAGGAGGGAGAUUUAGACGGCGACGGAGCUCUGAAUGAGCACGAAUUUUGUGUUCUGAUGAUUCGACUCAGCCCUUCUUUCAUGGCGGAGGCUGAAAAUUGGCUCCAGGAAGCCCUGAUCAAUGAAUUGGAAGAAACGUUGAAAGAUUGUAAAUCUUAAAAUUUAGAGAAAUUUUAUUUGCAUUUAUUUUGUUACA